UCAAGUCGCGCAGGUUUCGGACUCCACUUGGAAAUAAAGAAGCGCGCGGCGAGGGACAAAACACGAGAGAGAGAGAGAGAGAGAGAGAGAGAGAGAGAGAGCGCAGCACAGUAGUGUCUCCCGAGAACGAAGCGACUUCAUGCACAUCAGUGGAUUUCGGACGCUGUGACACGACUCGUCCGGGUGGAAAAAAUAUUUUUUAAAUACUUCGAGUUACUCAGGUGUGAAAUAUUGUUAGGAGUCGGGGGUGCGCUGAAAGUUUCUUAGUAAGUGAGAAAAAACACCGAGGACAUUUUAAAGGCCGUCUCGAGCCGUAUUUACUAUUUUUGCGGCUUUUUUUUACCCCAAAAAGCGUCUCGUAUGAAUCUCCUCGACCCCUACCUCAAGAUGACGGACGAGCAAGAGAAGGGCCUAUCGGACGCACCGAGUCCGAGCAUGUCCGAGGAUUCAGCAGGUUCUCCAUGUCCGUCUGCCUCUGGCUCGGGAUCGUGCUCGGAUGUGGAGAGCGGCGGUGGGCGUGUGCGUGACAACGGCGGCGAGCUGAAAAAGGACGCGGACGACGAGCACGAGAGCAACGAGAAGUUCCCGCAGUGCAUCCGCGAGGCCGUAUCGCAGGUGCUCAAAGGCUACGACUGGACGCUCGUACCCGUACCGGUGCGCGUGCACGGCGCCAGCAAAAACAAGCCGCACGUGAAAAGGCCCAUGAACGCGUUCAUGGUGUGGGCGCAGGCCGCGCGCCGUAAACUCGCAGACCAGUAUCCUCAUCUUCACAACGCCGAACUGAGCAAGACCCUGGGCAAGUUAUGGAGAUUGCUGAACGACGUGGAGAAGCGUCCAUUCGUAGAAGAGGCUGAGCGCCUGCGUGUGCAACACAAGAAGGAUCACCCUGACUACAAGUACCAGCCACGGCGAAGGAAAUCAGCCAAGAAUGGUCAGGGCGAGGGGGAAGAGGGUGCUGAGCACACACACGUCUCCACCAACGCCAUCUUCAAGGCACUGCAGCAGGCGGAUUCUCCAGCAUCCAGCAUGGGAGAGGUGCACUCCCCCAGCGAGCAGUCAGGCCAGUCCCAGGGUCCCCCGACUCCGCCCACCACCCCAAAAAUUGACGCUCAGACUGGCAAAAGUGAGCCGAAGCGUGAGGGCCGCCCACUGCAGGAUGGCAUCGGAGUUAGCGUUGGCUCUGGUGUGCAGCGUCCGGUUAAUAUUGACUUUCGCGAUGUGGACCUGGGUGAACUGAGCAGUGACGUCAUCUCACACAUGGAGAGCUUUGACGUGGCUGAGUUUGACCAGUACCUGCCACCUAACGGGCACCCCGGGCAUGGCUGGAUAGGAUCAACGGCCACCAGUUGGAUGGCCAAGAGCCCGAGCUCCAGCCCUCAGGUUGGUGCUGCCAGCCCUGGUGAGGAUCAGAGCCAGCAGAGGACAACGCACAUCAAAACCGAGCAGCUGAGUCCUACACAUUACGGCUCCUUUAACCUGCAGCACUACACCACUUCCACUUCGUCAUCUGCCUUCCCAUCAUGCAUCAGCCGGCCACAGUAUGACUAUACCGAGCAGCAAGGCAACACCACGUCCUAUUACUCAACAGGCCAGAGCUCGAUUUACUCCACCUUUAACUACAUGAGUCCCAGCCAGAGGCCCAUGUACACCCCCAUCACCGAGACCCAAUCAGGCCACAGCCCCCAACACUGGGACCAGCAGCCUGUCUACACACAACUCUCCAGACCCUGAGAACACACACACACACACACACUCGCACACAUUUGUACGCAUGCCGUAAAGAUUAUUUAACAAGGCUGAUGGCUCCACAUAGAGACCCUCCAUCACUCCUCCUGUAAAGCACACACUUGAAAACUCUCCAGAGGAAGACUGAAAGGAAAAGCUGGACUUGAUAAGAGCAGCUCACAAUGUGCCUUCUUCAUCUUUAAAUCAUCUGUUGACAAUUAUACAUAUAUAUAUUUUUAGCCGUGAUUGCGAGAAAAGAGAAACAUUUUUCUGCGAAAAGAAGAAUCCUCUGUGAGGACUUAAUUAAUUAUUGUACUUUAGUAUGUACUGUGUAUGUUUUCGUACCUUUUCCAUAGCCGAUAGGGAUUUUAUUCUGUAGGGAAAAUGGUUUAUUUUUUACUAAACCACUCUUAGCAAUUCUGCCUAGUCAUCCUCAUGGUAUUUUUUUAUCGGCUUCUAGGAUUCAGUUUGCCGCGCUAGUGGAUCUUCAUGCCGUUGCGUCCUACGUUAAGUUCACUUGCUUAUAUUUAUGAUUAUUAAAGUUCCUGAUGCUUUUAGAGUGGUGUAUUUUUGAACGUUUUGUACAACAUGUCUGCCUUGUGCACCAUCAGUGCCUGGUCUUGUGAGGUUGUUUUUUUUUUUUUUUUUGUCAAGGUAGAAUGUGCAGCUGAGAAUUUACUUAGUGCCUGACAGUGGCAGGAAGUGACCUUUGACCCCAUGUCAUUAUUUCAUACUGUCAUACUGGUCUCAUCUUUUCCCUUUUUUCUGUUCAUUCUUAACUUCUUCUAAUUUAUUUAUUAGUCUUAAUUUUAUUUCAGAUUAAUUAAGUACAGUGUAUUCAUUAAUACUGUAAGCAACUAAUUAUUUGUUGUUGGAAGUUACCCUUCUGGAUAUAGUAAUGUUUAAUCCAAGUCAUUAAAAGCGAAAGGGUUGUUAAGUAAUAUGGUACAAUUCUGUAAUCAUCAUGUUUAUUUAUCCUAUCUAGAUGUCUUUAUUUUUAAUGUUUAUUUGUCUCUUUUUUUUCUUCUUGUGUGCUAGCCAGAAUAGAUGAUGAAGUACUGUUAAAGGCUGAUCAAACUGGAACCAUCAGCUUUCUUCCAUAAGGAAGUGUCUUUUGAAGCUCUAUUUGAAACUGUAACUGUGUGUGUGUGUGUGUGUGUGUGUGUUUAUAGAGAUACCAGAGAU